AUGGGGUCCCACAUGACGGUCGUGGGGAAACUGAAGGCGGCCCAUGCUGAGACUGACCCGAAGAUUUCGUUUCUGAAGAAGGGGCGGUAUGUGAUGGUUUCACAGUUUAUGAUGGAGUUGGGGUUAAAGAUGGUGGAGGGCGAGGAUCUUUCGAGGAUUAUCCAUUUUAAUCCAAGGCUAAAAGGGGAUUGGAAUGGGAAGCCCGUGAUCGAGCACAAUAUGCGUUACAGGAUGCAAUGGGUGACGUCUCAUAGGCAAAUUAGCCACGAGACAAAGAGGGCUAACAGGAAGAUGAAGUUUCCUACUUCACAGGAUAUAGAACAAUGCGAGUGUGUUGCACGUGAGACGAGCGUCUCACGGCGGUUGAGCUCAACUCGGGGACCUGGGCUUAGAGUGCCUACUCGUCCAACGGGACCUUGAUGGUGGGCCUUGGGAUUAAUGUGUUGGGAGGAGACGGGUUCCCGACUUGGGUUUAUUUCAACAGCGAGGAGUGCUCGUUGCCGGAUAUAAUUCUGACAAGUGGCGUGGGGCGGCUGAUGGGGUCGUCGGUCUUGGUGCAGUAAACCUACUUGGCUUGUGUUUUCAUGCGGCAAUAGUGAACCUACUUGAGAGUGGGUUUGUGUGUGAGUAUUUGGGGGAGUUUUUAAGGGAAAAAAAGGCUGACUUGAGAGUGGCUGGAGAUGAGUAUCUAUUUGACAUAUAUAAUAGCCGUGGGUGUGUAUGGAAAUGUUGGGAGGUUUAUUAACCAUAGUUGCUCACCUAAUAUGUAUGCGAACGAUGUUCUUUAUGACCACGCAGACAUGAGAAUGUCGUGCGUCAUGUUUUUUGCGACAGGACAUUUUCCUUCUUCAAGAGCUCACGUACGAUUAUAAUUACAAGUUGGGGAUGGAUUGUGAUGCAAAUGGGAAUAUUAAGACCAAGGUUUGCUAUUGUGGUUCUCACGAGUGCCGUCGGAGGAUGUACUAAUAAUGGUCUUCUGUUACACCCUGCCGGUUUCUUUUCUUUUCUUUUUUUUAUAUUUUUUUUUUCCAAAAUCUUGCAUUCCACCAUUUAAGAGUCUUUACUAACGCGUAGCUCCUAGGUGGAAUGCCCAAUCGUUGGUAGUCUUAUUCUGUGGACGAUGCAUGGAACAUAGCCCUUGGGCUCAUUUGGGUUUUGUUUUUUAUUGAGUUGUUUAAGGUUGAAUUGGUUUAUGUUUGAGAAAUAAUAUGCUUGGUUUGAAGAUUAUUGUAUCUGGCUUUAUUGUGGAGAUUGUGUUCUUGUUUUAGAUUUUGGAGAAAUAACAUUUUGAUUUGUU